AUGGCGUCGUGCUGUUCUGCGUCUCCGUCCCCGGGAGUGGCCGUCUCGCUGGCUCACGCGAGGGCGGUUGACCAGGGAAGGCGGGCGUGUCCGUGCUCACCCUUCUCUGGAGUUUCCGCGGCUUCGCAUCCGCCUCCCUCGUCUCUGCCCUUCCCCCUCACCCCGUCUCUGGCCUCGACGCGAUGCUGCAGCGACGCUGAAAACUCACUGGAAGCCGCCGCUCUGGCGGCGGCCGCAGGCGCCUGCGGGGCCUGUGGCCACGCCCAGCCCCGGGCCAUUCAGCCUUUGCCUCCAGGAACGUCGAUCGAGUCGCUGUACAAAUUCGGGCCUAUCCUUUCCGUCUGCCAAGUUCAGCAAGCCAAAGAGCAGCGCGCCGCUGCAGCGCAGGCAGGUGCGAAGGAAGCGGCUGGCGGCGCAGACCGCGCGAGAGGAGCGCCUGGAGAAGAAACUAGCCAGGUUCGGUCUGAGGGCGGUCGUGGAGACGGCCGGCGUGGAGGGGGGGAAGGCGGCAGGGACUGUGGAGGGGGGACUGGCAAGCCCGCGAACGCUGCAGCAGCGGCCCCGCCGCCCGUCUCGACGCGGCCGGUCCUCCGCCAUGCCGUGAGUAGGGGUACUCAUCAGGCAAAAAUCAUAAAGAGCAUCGACAAACAAAGGAUUCCGGCAAGCGCUGGAGGAGACAGGCUGUGGCGACGGUUGUGUAUGCGUCUGUUGAACCUUCCUCCGCAUCGGAACGUUCUGUCUCUGGAUGCGGUCUAUGAGGAGAAGCACAAGUUCUAUUUUGUGAGCGAGAAGCUGGAAGGAGGGGAGUUGUUCGACUUCUUGCUGACUGAGAAGACUGUGGAGGAGCACAUCUGCCAGUACAUUAUAUUCCAGAUCCUCCAAGCCCUUCACCACAUGCACUCGAACCAACUUCUGCACAGGGAUAUCAAGCCGGAGAAUUUGAUGUUUCGUCGCCGACGUCGGGGUGCGGCACCACCGUGUGAUGCUUCUGGGGACAAGGAGUUGUCCGAUCUUUCUUCGGCGCCGCCAAACAGUCACGGGGGGGACGCGAGGAGCGAGUGUGACAACAGCACUAUGGGAGCAGCGGCGCCGUCAUUUUGCUCCGCGUCAAGUGACGCAUCUUCCGGUUUCUUCUCGUGCCCGUCGGAUUCAACGUGUGCGUAUCAAGGGGCCCCCGGCGGCCCCCCUCACGCAGCUUUGACUCCAGUCGAGCGCGAACAUGAACUUGUUCUGAUCGACUUCGACACGUGCAAAAUGAUGGAGGUGCUCCCUCAGGAGUACGGGGAAGUCACCGGAGGGCAGAGAAGACUCGUGGGCACCUACGGCUAUCUCGCCCCGGAGGUCCUUCGCGGUGGCGAGUACACCGUGCAGUCUGACCUGUGGAGUGUGGGAGUCAUUCUCUACAUUUUGAUGACGGGAAUUCCCCCGCUCCCGAUGGAGCUGCUGACUUCCGCGCGGGCGUCACUCAUGGUGUUCUCUCAGAUUCAAGAGAAGCAAGGGGGAAUCGACUACGGCGUCUUUCCACUCCCCGACUUCCCUUUGGCUCGGGAUCUGUGCCAGAAGCUCCUGCAGAUCAACCCGAGGCAACGCAUAGCGUCUGCUCGCGAGGCCCUCGCGCAUCCCUGGCUUCGGGACUUCACGCUUCGCUUUGGCGAGGGCGGACCGACGCCUGUGCCUGCGCCGCACUGUUGCGGGUGCGGUAGCGCAGUGCUCGGAGAGGCGAUGUCGCUUCCGUGUGGGCGCUUGCCCCCAAGCCUUACCUCGACGCGGCUUCAGUGUGCACGAGCUCACCAGGCGGGGCUGGACGGGAGGAACUGCCAGGCAGGAGACAGGCACUGUUGUGUGCAGUCCAAUCCGUUCCCGAUUAUCGGUCUUCCGGGGUCCUGGAGGGAUGCACCGGAGAAAGGGCGAGCGAGUGCGCGAGGGUCAGCUGCGUCCUGCAGGUGCGAGGCAGCAGAGGAGGGACAGUGGGACCGGGAAUGUGGCCGACGGCCUGAAACGUCCGCCCAGACCGUCUUGGGAGCGGCUGAUUCCGGGAUGCAUCCGGCUCAGGACUGCCCCAGCGAUGCUCCGCGUCCCUGCGUGUCGGUUUCGCAUCUGCGCCCUCAAGAUCUGUUCGGAGACUCUGCGCCUGGGGUCGGUGCGGCCAGCCACCGGCUCAGCGCAUCUGCGUUGCCUCUUCCGUCGCUGCCCUGCUUCCCCGCACAGGAACGCGUGGGUGCGAUGCCCUUGCCGUCGCCGUGUUGUGCGCCCUCCACGGUCGCGACGAUUCCAUGUUGCGCGCCUCCCGUGCUGUCCCCCGCGCGUGUGCGGGACCCGGAUGCUGUGACGCCGACCCUCGACGGCGUCAUGACAACGGGACAUGAUGACACUGCUUCAGCUGAUGGACUGGUGGGAGACUUUGGGGUUGCUGAUCAAUUGUCGCGACAAGGUCGAGCAAGGCGCCAUGCGCAGCCGCGGCCGGAGAGCCCCCUCGUGUGGCUAGGCUCCCCCGGCGCGCAGAGCAAGCCUGCUGGCGGAAGCCACGAAGCGGUGGUCCAGGGAGUGGCGUCGACGGGUCAAGGCGGGCGAGUGCAGGAAGCUGAUGUUCCCAGCGUCGGGACGUCCGGGACUGGAAGUCUCUCGUGGCGACUCGGGGAAGAUCGCUUUUCUGCAGCGUUUUCGAAGAUGCGUUCGGCGCUUUCGCUUGGUUUCGCCAGCGCGUCGCCAUCGGCUGGCGACCACACUGCACCAGUAGAGUCGGGCGUUUUAGGCGAGAGGACCGUAGAGCAGCCGCCGGGCUGCUCGUUCAAUCUCUGUGUCUCUCUGUCGGACAUUACAGACGCAUCCGCUCGCCUGCUGCGCGACAUGAGCAGAGGCGGCGAGCUCGGAGGAGAGCUUCUGAAGAAGGCAACGGCUAGUGGCUCCGGCCCAGACCGGUCGGCUGCGGCUCUCUUCGAACCCUCGCUGCACGCUGGGAUGUCGAGCGGCAGCGCAGCAGAGUUUGGCUUCGCGAACCCGGAGUGCACCAUGGCUGGAAUAACCCGACCAGAGGCGACCCUUGCGGAGGCGCAGAUGAUGGAGGUUGUCGGGAGUUGCUCGAGUUCGCACCGAGGCGCAGGGACGACGAGCGGCACCCGCAGCAGGUCGCUGUCAGCAGAGAGGGGCAAGUUGAAGGAGGGCAGGGUGGGGGUUCCAGGGGGGGAGACGGCCACGGACUUCUUAGUGGAGUCCGACAUGGCGAGUCACGGAGACGCAGGAGACAGUGUGGACGAGAGUAGACGAGAGGACAGAGCAGGCGGCAGCCGUGUGCCAGCGGGCAGCCUCGGUGAAUUCGCGCGGGGCCCGAAGCCGGGGGCAGUGCAGGAUGCGUCGUGCGUGGAGAUGAGAGAUCGCAGCGAAGCGGGGCCAAGCUGUGCAAGCCCGAAUGGAGACUGGAUGUCGUCGUGCCGCCACGAGACGUUAUCUCCUUCGUAUGCGAAGCGGUGUCUGGAAGAGAGCCAUGAGACUUGUGAGGUGUCUUCGACCUCGUCGACUACGUGCACGCCGUCGAACCGAGGACCCGUGCAUCUCCGUCAUCUGUGCAAACCGCGGCACUCGCCCGGAGGGAGAUUUGCAGGCGGAAACGAGGCUGUGGGCGGUUACAGUCACCCCGCGAACCUUUCGGGGUUUCAGCCAGAUGGAGCUAAAGGGAGUAGACGGACAGGCUCGCCCUGUACCAGUUUUUCCAGCAACAGUUUUGAGGAGAGUCCAUGCAGCCGGCGGAAGCGUGUGGCGUCACCGGAUUACAGUCGAGGCUCCUCCGCCUCCUCUGCGACACCGCCUGGGGAGGAUGCACAAACGGCACAUGCAGCCUCCUACACUGUGGGCACUACUAGCACCCCUGGGCGAGCCACGUGCGAUGCUGUCUGCUCAGACGUGCUUUCUGACAUGCGCGAAUUCAGUGCACCAGAUAUAGCGGAGGAGCAUGUGGCGCAGACGCCGCUGAUACCCUCUCCGUCCAACUAUCCGCCGACGCGCCCGUUCUUUUUUGGAAGUCCGCAGACAACUGGCAUGGCGUGUUCCUCUCCCGCGUCGACGACAACGACUGCGUCUUCCCUGUCUCACAUCGCGAUUCCCAGCGUAGCGACCCCCGGGGCGCCCGCCUCCGGCGCGUCGUGUGCGCUGCCUCUACAGCCGAAGGCAACUACAAGUUCACUGAGUCUCGCCCAGUCGUGGCUAGGGGGGGAAGCUUGGCGGCGGGUGACUCAGCAAGAGCUCGCCCUAUAG